UCAGACCUUUCCUCCUGGACCGCGGCGGACAAGGCAGCUGAGAUCUACAAGAAGAAAUUGGAGGCAGCUGGUGUAGCGGACAACGCGAGGGGCUACUAUGAGGGCACCUGCAUGGAGUGGCUCCCCAGAUACCUGGAGAACGGGAAGGAGACGUUGCUGCGCACAGACCCUCCAAAGACACGUGUGACCCACCACCCCAUCUCUGAUGGUGCGGUCACCCUGAGGUGCUGGGUGCUGGGCUUCUACCCUGUGGAGAUCACCCUGACCUGGCAGCAUGAUGGGGAGGACCAGACCCAGGACAUGGAGCUCAUGGAGACCAGGCCGGCGGGGGACAGGACCUUCCAGAAGUGGGCAGGUGUGGUGGUGCCUCCUGGAGAGGAACAGAGAUACACGUGCCAUGUGCAGCACGAGGGGCUGCCCCAUCCCCCGACCCUGAGAUGGGAACCACCUCCUCAGCCCACUAUCCCAAUUAUAGGCAUCGUUUUUGGUCUGGUUGUCUUUGUGGUCACUGGAGCUUUGGUGGUUGGAGCUGUGCUGUGGAAGAGGAAGCGCUCAGGCGGAAAAGGAGGGAGCUACACUAAGGCUGCAAAAAGUGACAGUGCCCAGGGCUCUGAUGUGUCUCUCAAGUCUUUAUAGCGUGAGACAGCUGCUUUGUUGGGGACUGAGUGAUGCCUCCACUCUGUGAUUUUAGGACCCUCUAAUCUGUCUUUCUGCAAAUGGCAUCUGAAUGUAUGUCCCUAUCAGCAUCAUGUGAGGAGGUGGGAGACUGACCGCCUUCUGCCCACCACGCCCCCUCCCCACACUGAUCCACUGUCCUGUUCCAGCAGAGGCGGGGCUGUUUCCAUCCCUGCCUUUACUUCAUGUUACACUGAGUGGCAACUUCUUUUUUUAUUGAAAUAAGAAUCUGGAUGAGAAUUUGUUUUUUCUAAUUCGUAUCAUCUGGCCUGUGGGUUAAUAAAGGAAAAGGUGUCUAAAAUUUAAGAUGAGAAAUAAAUGGAAGCACUGAGAGCCUUCCAGAAUGCACAUGUUUUCUGUGAGUCUGUUACAGGAUGGG